AUGCCCAGCCAUUCCGCCACGACGCCAUCUCGAGCUAGGUCUAGGGCAGUGAAUUCGAUGAAUUUGGCGAGAAGGAUGGCGAUUCCUCCCUACAGCGGGUACAAUAUCGUUGACUGGCACAUUUACAAUCGGUUGAGAGGCCUGUGGAAGACUGAGUCGAGGUCCUGGUCGGAGGGCGAGAGACGGGACUUUGUCGAGUGGGUUCCCAAGGCUCACGUUACGGAAAGAGAAAACUCGAUGCUGGAUCACCCGCUGGCGGAGUAUAUGCGGUGCAACAGGCAUAGCUGGGGGCAUUUUGUCAUUUUGAGAGUCAUGUUUGGAGCGUCGCAGUGUGCGAGACAGAGUUGGUGGGCGGAGUUCAAGCAAAAGUACGAGCGAGCGGCAGAAGAUGCGCCGCCGGGGGUUGUGCCUAGGGGUGUGGAUGAAGUUUUGCUGACGAAUCGGAUGGAUCCGCCUCCUAUGAUGAAGAUUCCGACGAUGGAGGUCAACAGCGUUCACGUGGAGAGUGAUUGUGGGUGUUCGUGGUGUUUGAAGAAGGCAGCAGACAAGGCGAGUCGAGGGAAUAUAUCUUCGAGCCAAGAAUCAAAGACGGUGAAAAGGGAUCAGAGAGCGGAAUGUCCUCGCGGGCAGAGCAUAUACACGGGGGAAGGGGAGACGUGCGAGGAUCGAGCGCGGAGAUCUGAGCGUGAGCAAGGCGUUGAGCCGGAAGAAGCGCAGGAUAAUGAGAGCGAGGAUGAGAGGGCUGGGGCUGUUACUCAGGUGUCGUCUUUGCGGGAGAGGUCGACUGUUGUGUGUACGGAUGGGACGAGUAGGGGUUUGAAGGAGGUUGUUGUUGAGCAGGGGAGUAUGAUUGAGAUACUUGUGAGGUUGGUGGAGAGGCAGGAUAAGAGGUUGGAGAGGUUGGAGAAGAAGGUGGAUUGGGGGCAGAGGAGGAGCGAGAGGUUUUAUCGGGAUGUUAAUAGGAGUGUGAAGGAUGUGCGGAGGUUGAUGAGGGAGGGUGAUGGGGGAGAGGAGGGUUGA